CCUUGUUUGUAUUUUCUCCCCUCUGGCCAACAGACAUCUCACCCUUUCAAAUCUCCCAGUCAUUUCAAUCUGACUCGUCGCCUUUUUCCUUUCACAAAGGGGCCGCUAGUCCACCCACACACCCAAGUGACUUGCUCACUUACUUAACUUACUCCUCACCAUAUUUGACCACGCCAACGCCACUACACCACAUCAUCCCCCCCGCUGCUUCCACGCGUCCAAUUCAUUUUCACGCAUUUCCUCCACAUCAAACUCCCAACAGACCAAGCUCUCGCGCGAGACCUUGCUGACGAUCGUCAUCAUCGACUAUCUUUGCAUAUCAUCGCUACAGCCUCAUUAACCCCGACGGCCACUCCAUCCUGCUUGUUUUCCCUCUUCAACCCGCCCAACCAUGUCCGGCAAACCUACCGACGCGCCGCCGUCCUACUACGCUGGUGGCCCUCAGGCCCCCAAGCCUACCUACAACAACCAGCAGUACCCUCCCCAGGACCAAUAUCCCCCGCAAGGCCAGUUCGGCGGCGGCGCGGGCGUCCCAUCCCAGGGCGGGAACGGCGGAUACUACCAGCAGCAGCCCCAAAUGGGCUACUACGGCCCCCAACAAGGGCCCCCAUACCAGCAGGGCCCUUACCCCCCGCAGGGUCCGUACCAACAAGGCCCAUACGGUCCGCAACAGGGUGGCUACUAUCAGCAGGGCCCGUAUGGUCCGCAGGGAGGCUACUAUCAAGACGGACGGGGCAACGGUGCUGGCGUGGGCAUGAUUGAGGGCUUGAUGGCUGCGCUGUGCUGUUGUUGCUGUCUGGACCUCCUCAUCUAA